UGGGUCCCCGGCUCCGAACCUCUCACCGUGUCUCGGUCCCAUGUCCGUGUUUACAAGCGAAGCGUGACGUUCGCGGACUCGCACGAUCACGUCCCGACGCGCAUAUAAAAGCUGAAUUUCCUCUGAAAAUGUCCCUGAUGAUGUCCCUGAAAGUUUUCCUCAGCGAGAGGCUGGCGGCGGCGGCGGACGAGAUAUUCGGAGCCGUGGAAAAAACAAUAUUCGAGUACAAAGAGGAGAUUUCUCGGUCUAAAGAUCUGGAGAUCAGUCGACUGAGGAUGCAGCUGAAGCUUCUCAAGUCAGAGCCUGAGGUGGACAGAUGUCUCUCAGCCCAGCAGCACAACCCUCACCACCAUCCUCCAACUCCUCCUCCUCCUCCUGAGCAGCACCAUCAGUCAUCCCCUGCAGACGAGGCCCCUGAGGCCCAGCCCUGCGGGGAGGAUGAGGGCCGCAGCCCGGAGCAUGUGCACCCAGAGCCCUCGCAGGUGAAGAAGGAGCAGCACAGGAGCCACAGAGAUUUCUGGAUAACCCACGACGAAGAGCAGCUGGACGGCCUGGAGACAGACAUUAAAGAUUUCAUCUCGUCCCCCGCCAGCCUCAAAGCCGGCCUGCAGGACCACGCCUUACCCUUCCACCCCUACCAUCACCUCCACCUCCACCACCACCUCCACAACAAUGGCAGCGGUGACGAGAGCAAAGAUAAACCCUACUGCUGCUCUGUGUGUGAGAAACGCUUCAGCAACUGCUCCCACCUGGCAGCUCACAUCAGGACCCACACAGGCGAGAGGCCGUACAGAUGUGAAAUAUGCAGGAAGACCUUUAUCACGACGAGCGCCCUGAACAGACACCAGACCAUCCACACCGAGGGGAAACAGUUCGUGUGUAACUUCUGCGGUAAAUCCUUCAAAUGGAUGGAGUCUCUGGGCAGACACACGAGGAGCGUCCACAAGAGGGAUAAUGUGCCUGUAUGACACUGUGAGGCUGGACAAAGAAACCACACUUGUCCAACAGAUUAGAUACGCUGUUACUGUACAUCACUCAUUCACCAUUUAAUUCUAAAACUCCCAAUAGAUGCAAAGAAAGAAUGAAAUGUCUGUUUUCUAUGUUAGGUUGUGAAUUAUGUUGUUAAAUGUGCAUGGACCUUACGAAGCCUUGAGCUUGUAACUAUUAAAUUAUAUGUGAAUAAAUUGAGUGUACUCUCUUAUAUGAUGUCUUUUCAAAUAAUGGUCAAUUUAUAAUAAAUAAAGUAUUGCUACUUUA